UGGCUUUCAGCGUUGAGUCACUCGAGUCGCCCUGUUCGUCGCAUCUGCCUGGCGUCUCUCGUGGCGAAUGCCGGUGGCGGCAGCCAAUACCGCCAAGGCCUGAUGCAGCUCUCUCGACUCGUUGUCAGAGCUCUGCACGCAAACCGGUCACCAGACGUUGGACCAGUAACCAGUGAGGGCGACGCUUGUGCCGCCCCUUCUUCUGUUCGGGCUCUGCUGUCCAAGCUGAUGACUUGCCUCUUAGGUGGCCUGUCUCGGGAUUCCGACCGAGAGAUUCGUUUGCUCUACGCUCAGUGGCUUGGUGCUCUGGGAGUUAUCGACCCAUCCAGGCUUUCCUUCACAGUCUGUCCGAGCGAAAGCACGCCAGUGGGCAGUGUUUCAGCGGCCCUAAAUUGGGCUCAUCUCUUCCCCUUUGAUGUACUGAUGGAGCUUGCCAAGAUUUAUAUGCGCGCUGCUAGCCCUAAACAGCUGGAUUCUGCGGCACUAGCAAUACAGGAACUUCUUCGGUUGUUCGCAGUACCAGGAACAUCUUUAGCUACAGCCGCCAACUUGCCUGAUAUUAGCCGCUUUAUCUCGGGAACAGCUUUGUGGACCAAGUUUUCGCAGAGUGUCCAGGAUCUAUUUAUACCGCUGCUGAACUCAAAGUAUGCUGUAGAGGCCUUCACUGAUUGGAAUUCCAUAGAGACACCAAUAUUUGGUCAAGACAGUUGUCAGUCCUAUGAGUCGUGGAUCCGUCUGUGGUGUGGGUCCCUGAAGGUCCAUGUUUUGGAGCCGGCGACGAACCGCAUGUUCCAAGUCUGUGAACCGGUUAUUAAGUCAGACAUGGAGUUUGCAAGGUAUCUUCUGCAUCCUGUUGCACUGCAGGUACUUAUUGAGGGCUCCCAAGUGGCCAUAACUAGGUUGCGUGCUGAAGUUCUGAGUGUUUUGGAGACCGUGGCGGAUGCCGAGCAACCUGGAGAACAAACUGCUGGAUCACCGGCUGACUUUUUGAUCCGCGGUUUGCCUCACAUUGCCCCAGCAAUGGGGUCACCUCGGAGACCCUGGAGGCCGUGGUAUCCGCUUGCAGCGCAGACCGUCUUUUCGCUUUUGGACUACCUGAGUGAAUGGCACCGGGCACGAUCGGCAGAUCACUCGGCGGUGGUCACAGCGAUCGCCAGAGCAGCAGGCAAUCGGUCAGGCGGGGGAUUCAAACCCACUGAAGAUGAAAAAGCGCGUCUCACCGAACUUAAUUUGGCACUCACACGGGUGUCAGAGUUUUUCGAGUCGUUGGCCCACACUGUGCAGGCUAGAGCGAGUCUCCGUAUUGGGGGUCUGGCACGUGCCCUGCGCCACUGGGAGCUGGCCUUCUCUGAGGACGAGGUCGCACAGAAGGCACUCUACGUCAGUGGUUUCAUCGACCGCCAGGAAGCCCCACCUGGCCCUCUAAUCAGCCAAAAGGGACAGGAAAGUCUCCUGGGAAUCCUUGAGACGUUCACCGCACUACACGACACCGAUGGCCUAGUAGGCGUCUUAGCCCAGAUGCAACAGGUAGAGGUUAGUGCAUUAAGUGCGACAACUGACAACGACUCACUCCGGAUUUCCAUGCUGCGAGCCUUGCAACUGGAGAAUGAGGACCAGUUAGACAUGGCCUGUGCCACCUACGAGCACGCUCUUGCGACGUUCAAGGGUGAAUUUCAGCCACUGGGUCUGCAUGCAGGUCUCUUUCGGUGUCAGUUGCCCGAUCCGGCUCGUCUACAGGCACUCAUUGCCCGUACAGAUGCUCUACUAACAGUGCACCCUCCUGGCACCUUUAAAACUGCUGCUUGGACACGGAAGCUGAAUGAAUACCGUACGGAGGCGGUUAUCCGACUUGCGGAUUGGGAGAAAUUGGAUCAAGUUGUCUCCUUGGCCCUACGCUCUCAACAGCGACGCAAUUUUCUUGAUGAAUUGCGACUGAGUCAGAUGAACAACCUCGCGACUGCUGCUCUGGAGGGCUCCAGGGGGUACUUACGAGCCUGUGAACCACUUGUGAAGUUAAGCCUGCUCACAGAGGUCGAAGGCAUCAUUGGCUUGGGCGAUCAGCUGGCCAAAGAAAUCGCGGCAGUCAAUCGACAUGGUCUGCCGACAUGUCGGAGGAACUCCGACGUAUGUAACAUGCUCUCUUGGCUUGAAGCUCGCCUUCAACAGAGUGGGUCGGCACUUCAUACCUUGGAACCUGUCCUCGCGAUCCGCCAUUCCACCAUCCAGCUCAUUUCUGCCGGUCUCAAGGAGGCCGCCUGCGCAUCCCGCUCGGCCCUCUGUCAGCAACUGCGAACCCAUCAGAUUCGCCUUCUGGAUUCAGCUCUUGCUAAUAGUUGGCUGCAGCGUGCGAAGCUGGCGAGAAGGGCCGGACAAUUCAUGGCGGCGUACACGUGUGUGCUGAACGCCGAGCGCUGCGGCAGCCCCGGCGCCCUGACCGAGCGCGCCAAACUGCUCUGGCAGACGGGCAAACGUGAGGCCGCCCUCACCUGUCUGGACGAGGGUCUCAGGUUGACAUCGGCCGCCCCCACCUCACGCCGCCACGUGCAGCCCCUCGCGAUGCCACCACCAGUGUCCAGGCCUGGUACGAAGGAGUGCUCCUCAAAGUCUCCGGUUUCUCCCUGUGCACAGCAGACCCUGCUCCUACGCGCACGUUAUUGUGAAGAGACAAGUCGCUUUGAUUUCGAUACGACACGACAUCUCUACUCGGAUAUCUGUGAAACAUUCUCUGGCUGUGAAGAAGCCCACUUCCGCCUAGCUCACUAUGUCGAUGAGGCUCGAAAUUCCUCAGGGAGCCAGCAUGACCUCCUUCUGAAAGUUGCUCUGGAACACUACGGAAAAGCUCUGGCCUGUGGUAGCCAAUUUAUUUACCAGUCUAUGCCCCGUUUCCUAACACUUUGGCUUGACUACGGUGCUGAAGUAGCAAAAACGCAAAAACAGUCUUCGAUUCCAUCAAACAUCCGUUGUGCUGGUGAUCAUAAGUCAACUGCUGUUGAUGUGGCCACCACUUUUGACGAAGUGCAAAACCUUAUGCGCCAAAAUUUACAAAAAAUUCCUCCUUAUCAGUUCUACACUGCCCUUGGACAAAUUUUGUCUCGUGUUUGUCAUGAACAUCCGAAUAUUAUUAAAAUGCUGAUCGACCUUAUUGUUCGAAUCUUUGUGGCUUAUCCACAACAAACCAUUUGGUUCCUUAUGUCUUUGCACAAUUCAACAGUUACUCAACGACGGGAACGUGCCCAGCAGAUAUUUGCAUCGGUCAUGAGUCUUCAAAAUUCACUGGCUCAGUUCCUCUCGGACUGCAUUGCCUUCUGUGCCCACCUGAAGACAAUUUGUGAUCUUUUCGUAACUCCCGACAAUCGAGACGUAAAGUCUUUCAGCAUUUCCCAGGCUGCUCGCCCAUUGACCCGUCUGCUUGAGAAAUGCGACUUCUCCCAAGUGCUGAUCCCUGUGCACCGUCAGUUGGUGCCCGCACUUCUUCGCCCCCGCGCCCCUCAAGAAGAAGUGCGCAGUCACCUGCCGUUCGGUCCAUCCGACCGGUUCGUCUGUUUGGCACGUCUUGAAGACAAAGUGGAGAUACUGGGCUCACAAACACGUCCCAAGAAGAUGAUUUGGAUCGGUAGUGAUGGGCGUCGCUAUGUGAUCGUUGCCAAACCCAAUGAUGAUCUUCGAAAGGAUAGCCGGCUCAUGGAUAUGAAUAGCAUAAUUAAUAAGUUCCUGUUAAAAAAUCCGGAGACUCGCCACCGCGCUCUGCAAAUCAGGACCUAUGCUGUCAUUCCUCUGAGUGAGAACGGUGGCUUAAUUGAAUGGGCUUGCAACACCCAACCUUUCCGCUCCAUUCUCACAAAGCUAUACGCUGAAAUCGGACGCCCCUUCAACUGGAUGAAAAUGAAUCAAAACACUCCGCAAUUGGAUGAUCCGCUUGAGUACGAAGCCAGGGAAACAUUCGCUCGUACAUGCGCAGUUAUGAGUAUGGUCGGUUACGUGCUUGGAUUGGGUGAUCGGCACACUGAAAAUAUUCUCUUCGAUUGCACGACGGGCGGCCUGGUGCACGUUGACUUUAGCUGCGUGUUCAACAACGGCCUGACGCUUCCGUGGCCCGAACGCGUUCCCUUCAGACUGACCAGGAACCUCGUGCAUGCAAUGGGUCCCACGGGCUACGAGGGAACCUUCAGACGCUGUGCGGAGGUUACCAUGCGCCUGCUAAGGCGUGAAAUCGACCCACUGAUGGCUGUCUUUCGUCCGAUUUACUUUGACGCCCUUGUCGAACAAGGCGGCGGAUCACGCGCAUCUGAUGAUAGUACAUCCACUCGUCGUAGUCGUCGGCUGGGUCAUGAAGUGGCCGCCAUCGAUAAAGUAUCCCGUGCAGCCAUGGAAAAACUUACCGACAUGGAAGACCGUCUGCGAGGUAAAAUAACUGAACAUGACGACUUCAGCAAACUCCUCCCGAUGUCCGUGGAGGGACAGGUUGCCCGCUGGUUUAACUGA